GACAUAUAUAAGCCCGCCGGUUUAUGGCCAUGCAGAACAGUCGACAAGGAAUUGUCAAGCGAGUAACAUCUUACCAGAGUUUACUACACCAUCUAUCAAACGUACCGAAAUCAUGGGUUGUUGUGCAAGCAAUCUGAAGCUCAAGGAGCUGAGCAGCCUGAACAGCAGCAUCUAUGUGGCAUCCGUCGGAUCGGCAAGUCGCUCCCAGAAGCGUUUGUACAGCAGUCGAAACAGCAGCGGAGUGGGCAGCAGCAGCGGUAGCAGCAGCUCCUCAUCCUCCAGCCGCAGCAUCUGGAGCCGCUCCAGCCAGCCAAUUUGCGAUGAUUUCGCCGAGCAGCCUCAACUGGACAAAUCCUGCGGCUACUACACCUGCAGCAGCGCCAAUUCAUCGCCGAGGAAGGGCCAGGAGAAUGACGAGGAGAUGGAGGGAGCGCUUAUGCGCACGCAGGACAUGAGUGCGUCAUCCCGCGACUCCACACAAUCCGAUCAAGUGGUGGGCAAUCUGGAGUGGGAGAUGCACAUGAUGCAGCAGGCGCAGCGCAUUAUGCCCAAGACCUCGUCGCCGAUUUGCCAAAGGAGGGAUAAUGGUCAGAUGCCCCCCUCAUCGUACCAGAAGUGGCGAAACUAUCUGCAAUCCACGCCAGCGCACAUGCUGCACAAUGUCACCCACAUUCCGGAGGCCAUUGCCGGCCAUUUUUGCCCCACCAGCUUUCCGGGUUUCAGCGACCUGGAGGAGAUGGAGAGUGCGGCCAAGAGGUUCAAGGUGGAUUUCGAGAAGGAACCACUGGAUGAGCCCCUGUACACCACCUACCAACUGCUAGCCGGGCACACGCACACCAUAUCGACAGAUCUGUGAGGAAGGCAUGAUGCUUGAAGACCCAUCCAAUCGCACCAUCUCCGCCUGGUUCGGAGUGGUUCGGCGAUCGGUGGACCCCAUAGACGUAAUCCCCGGCGAGGACUGGCAACA